ACGCGCUUCCCUGUUCCUCUGCUCUUUACGCACAUGUCCCACCUCGCCAAACAAACCACACGACCAUAAUGAGCUUAUGGGAAUAAUUGGAAUUGAGGAAUUUUUUUCUUCCUCUCCACACUCACUCCCUCCCUCCUUCGAUGGGCACGCAUGCGCAGUGGGCUGCGCACUGGUCAGUCUGAGAAGCAGCUGUUCGGGGCUGGUGAAAUUCCAACAUGGCAGUGGCUGUGGUCAGUGUUUCCUGCGUUAACUUGGGAUGGUUUCAUCUCGCGGCUCGCAGCGCGGCUUAACCUCGGCACCGCGUCUCCCCUCCUCCUCCUCCUCCACAGCAGCAGCAGCAGCAGCAGCCCUCCCCGGGAUCGAUGCGCCCCUAACCCCCCGACGCGAGAGGUCGACCCGUCGCCAGAAAAGCAGCACGACAUGAUCAGCAGCAGCAGCGUCUAUGGCUUAAAGAUGCAGUGGACCCCCGAGCACAGCCAGUGGGCCGAACAGCAUUUCGACAUCUCCUCCACCACGCGCUCGCCCGCCCACAAGGCUGAGGCCUACCGGGCGGUGCCCGGACACCUGCAGCGCUCCGCCACCUACCAGUACGCCUGGGCCAACGACGACAUCUCGGCCCUCACCGCCUCCAACCUGCUCAAGAAGUAUGCCGAGAAGUAUUCCGGCAUUCUGGAGAUGCCGGGCUCGUACUCCGAGGCCCCGGGGUUGAUGAGCGGGCGCAAAGGUGAAUCGGAGCCCUGGCAGGACGGCGUCUACCCCAUGAGCUGCAUCCCAGAGGGGGUCUCUGUCAGAAAAGGCGGCGUGGCGGCGGCCUCAGAGGUGGUGUCUGGCAUGUGCAGCUCCCCGGGCCUGGCCUCCAGCACGCUGAGCGAGCCCAGCUACUCCAGCAGCAGCUGUGGGAGCCACGCUGCCACUGCCCUCCACUCCUCCUCCAUGCCCUCUCAGGAAUACGGCCCGGCGUACAGCGGAUCCUACUUGCACAGUAGUUACAGCUCCCAGUCUGCCCCCACCCCGGCGCUCCCCUCCCCGCUGCACAGUUCUGGGCUCCUGCAGCCGCCCCCUCCGCCCUCCCACCCCACAUUAGUCCCAGCUUACAACGGCGGCUCCCCGAACUUGUCUAGUUAUAAUUACCCCCCAGCAGGCUACCCAGCUCAGAGCUCUGUCGGGCCAGGGUACAGCCCUGGGGGAGCACCCCCUCCCUCCUCAUACCUCCCCUCAGGCAUUGCUGCACCUACACCUCUCCCCCCCUCUUCUGCUUUACCUGGAUACCCCUACCAGAGCCACAACCUGACCCCAAUUGCCCCGACCCCUCUCAGCGGUAGCUCAUCCAACUCACUGAAGAGGAAAGCCUUCUACAUGACAGGCCAAGGAGAGAUAGACUCUUAUGGCAACUUUGGCUACGGUCAGGCCCGGAGCGCCGCCGAGAGUCCCAUGUACCGGAUAGCAGACAGCAGCAGUGCCAACGGAGGCGGCAGCGGCUUCGAUCGGAGUGCUGAGAAGUCGUCUUUACCUUUUAACCAUCAGAAACAGUCCGCGAUGUCGUCGGAGCAGCAGCAGAGGAAGUACAGCGGCCAGGCAACAGGUGGGUCACUGACCCCGCCGGCCUAUGUCUCCUCCACCCUGGGGGGCUCCCGCUCUGCAGACUCCCUCGCCAGCUUCACCUCGCCCUCCCUCAGCGAGCAAAGCGCCGAUGAUCACCGUCUCCACCUCUCCCACUCGGCCCCAGGGCCUAACUCCUCCUCAUCCACGUCCUCCCGGCCUGCUGAAGAGCAGCUUAAGACCAGUGACCCCCACCUCCUGGACAUGGUCACCUCUGAAAUCGUUCAGCAGGGGCCCCCGGUGGACUGGAGUGACAUUGCAGGGCUGGAACUGGCCAAGGCAACCCUGAAGGAGGAGGUUCUGUGGCCCAUCCUUCGCCCUGACAUGUUCAACAGUUUAGGACCAACCCCGCGUUGUGUGUUGCUCUUUGGCCCCCGGGGCAGUGGCCGGACGUUGCUGGGUCGCUGCCUGGCCAGCCAGCUGGGGGCCCCCUUCCUCCAGCUCAGCGGUUCCACGUUGGCCACCAAGUGGCUGGCUGACGGAGAUAAAAUUAUCCGAGCAUCGUUUCUGGUGGCGCGCUGCCGGCAGCCCUCGGUACUGUUCAUCAGCGAGGUCGACAUGCUGCUGUCGGCCCACCUCAGUGAAGAGAGUCCUGUCAACCGGCUGAAAGGAGAGCUGCUGGCCCAGCUGGACUCGCUUCUCAUGGGCUCCGGCGAGGACGCAGGCAGCCAAGUGUUGGUGGUUUGCUCCACAAGCAGACCCCAGGACAUGGACGAAGGGCUGCGCAGGUACUUUGCUCGGAGGGUCCUGGUGCCCCUGCCGGACACCGUGGCCAGACACCACAUCGUGAACCAGCUCCUGGUCCAGUCUCAGCACAAGUACUGCCUGAGCGAGGAGGAGCUGGCGCUGCUGGUCCAGCGUACCGAGGGCUUCUCUGGCCUGGACCUGGCGAGACUCUGCCAGGAGGCGCUCGUAGGUCUGUUACACGUCUCUGCACAGGGCAUGGACAUGACAGGUAUGAUGCCCAGGGGACAGAUCCGGCCCCUCACGUACCAGGACUUUGAGAGUGUCUUUUGUAAAUUCCAGGCCAGUAUAUCGCAGAAGGAGAUUGACAUGUACACAGAGUGGAACAAAAUGUUCGGCUGCAGCCAGUGAAAAGAUACGAGUCCGCCCUUGAGAAAACGAGGCAUCCACAAUUCCUUUCCUCAGGGCAGAGUCAUUGUGCUGGAGGGAACGGCAUGCAGAAGGCCAACACGAGCCCCCCGGGUUCUCACGGGCAGAGAUGAGACGCUCCGAGAGACGACUGGCAGUGUCCUGGUGAAUGAGCAGGAGUUUUAAUUUGAAUGCUCGACACUGCAGAGAGCCGGGCGUUGUUUACACAGUGCGAGCGAGUCGGCCUCAGAAGAAAGACGCCCCAGUGUCUGUAUAUAUACCGUGAUGUUCUUGUUCUUGGGAUUUUGUUUGGCUAUCCAAGUGCCUGAAGUGGUGCUUUCCCAUUUUCUUUCGUUAUUUGCCUCACAAUCUACAUUCAUGGCAUGAGCUGUUGAUUAUUAAGAGCUUUAAGAACUUCAGCGGCGAGUCUGGACAGCCGGAGAUUGACGGUCGCCAUCGCUGGUGGUCAGUCACUUCCUCAUUGUCUUGCUGAGAGCAGUAAUCCACCAGAGCGGCAGUAGUCUGGGCUCGUACUCGUUCUCAUCUCUUCUGAUCCUUUGUCUGCAAAAAAACCCAACAAACGUGACAAACAAAACUCAGGAAAGCGUUUGUGAAUUGUACAGUAACCUCGAGGUAUCUUGACGAGAGAGACACUGAGAUCUGAGGGGGGACCCCUCGGUGGGUUGGGCAGUUAGUCGAGCACGGCGGUGUUAGGUGUCCCUCAGCUGGCUAGGAUAAACAGCAAAGAGAUGACAAUGAAUGUACUAGAUUUGUUCUGGAUCGAUGCGACAUAAUCAAUAGUGAGAGUAAAACACAUGAUUGCUUCCCCUCCCCCCUCCCAGAUUGAGUUACCUGUUAUCGUCUUGACCAGUCCUGAAGCUCGUCUCCUUUGCUCUUAAACAUUUUUUUUCAAACUGUGUUGUCCAGCUUUGCUGUUGGGGGCUUUAAGAGACGGGGCAUGUUUUUUGGGGGAGGGGGGGGUGAGACUUUGUAUAUUUACCAAAACAAACCAUAAUCAACAUUGUUCAUGUGAUGUGAUCUAGGCUAUACGGUUAGGUUCCAUCCGUCAUCCGCACAAAAAGACCUCCAGUAGCUCAUCUGUGUUGGGCAUCUGGAGGAAGUUGAUGCUCAAACCACCUCCAGAUGAAUUACAGGACUAUUCAGAGAAACGUGCUCAUUUGCUUUCUUGCCUAGUGGGAGAUGAGACUACUUUAGGACGUAGGGGGAAGCAGGAACAUGUCCAGAACAUUGAGGCGAGGGUUUAGGCGCCUGCGCUCACUCGGAUGUUCUCCAGACGUCUGCGAGGGGGCGGGAGGAAUUCCGCAAAAUGUCCGGUGCAAUAUUUGUGGAAAUGUGAGUUCUCACGUUCGGCCUCUCUGGGAAAAUGUCUGGACUCCGGUGCACGUUUCCGCCUUCGCAUCCAAGACUCUCAGCAAGAAAGUAAAAGAGUCAAACUAUUCUUAUGAAUCACAAUAAUGUCGAAACACAAUUGACCGUGAGUUGGUCCAAAAAUUACAUUUUCCACUUUGCAUUGGACAAAAUAACGGCUCGGCAGUGUUCGAGGAAACCUGGAAUCUGGCAUCGAGAGAGCUUAUUCCGAUAUUCUCCCAGUUUUGAAGUUGGAUUUGAAUAGGUGUCAUAACCAAGUUAUGGAAUUAUGGGUUAUGCAGAGUUGCCUGAUUAGCUUUACUCCAAUUGGAUUAGUUAUAAAAUGAGAUGCCGCUCAUGUGAUUUUAAUUAUACAUUCAUCCCGUACAUAUCUCUCAUAUCUAUAAUUUCACAAGUGUGGAAAAUAGGAAAUCAAGAGCUCAUUUGAUUAGAGCAAUUUUCACUGAGCGACGUCUCUGUCAUGCAUUUAGUGUUGUUAUUGUCACGGCCGUGUCCUUGUCCAACCAAGAGGCAUGUACGCAGUUAGCACAACAAGUUUUAAUCAUCAGAAAAAAUUGUUUUCAAGCGAGAGAUAUUUGAUCGGAGCGAAUCCAACUCAAACCCGUGUCUGUGGUUUUUUACUCAUCUGUAACUUUGUUCACUAUAUUAACACAGAUUUCAUGAAGCACAUAUUCUAAGUGCAUUUUCAGUUCACUGAAAAGCUUUGUAACAUGAGUGGGGGGAAAUGUUGGCACUAGCCUUUUAAGUCCUUCGUCGUCAUGAAGGUCAUCUGUUGCCCAUUGUAUUGCAUCCGAAUGUAUUCUUUUGUCUCUUCCUUGUCCCUGUGUGAAGCUGUCCUCGGGCGCUACCGUCGUGGCAUGGGGGUCAUUAAGAUAGGUUAUGAACGUGCACUAAAUCAUGUUUGUGUGUAAUAUUGUUUCUGUUGAAGUGUCUCACUGACAGCACUUGUUUUGUUUUACUCUCAAGGAGUAUUAUUAUUAUUUUUUGUAUUCUACUGUACCACUGUCAAAGUAGGAGCUGCGUACAGUUUGUGCAGGCCCCGUCUGCGUUGCUCUAUCUCUGCUACAGGCAACACAUCAGUGCAGCACCUGAUGUGUGUGUGUGUGUGUGUGUGUGUGUGUGUGUGUG